GUUUACUCCGGAGAUAAAAUAAGUGGUGAUUUGAUUAAUACUUCUGAUAAUAACCUAAAUUUUUCCAUUGAUGGCUUGUCAUUGAAUAAUUUCACCCUUGGUUUGACUGACGAAUCUCCUUCGAUGUUCGAUGACUACAAAGUUAGUGGUAUUAUUGGUGUAUCCUCGUCGUCGUCUUCUAAGAACUAUAUUUCUCAAUUGUACGAAUCGAAUCUAAUCGAUCAACCAAUCUUUGGGUUAUCAUUAGUUUCAAGUGACCAAACUAUCAAAUACUUAAAUUCAAACAACAAACAAAGUAAUCUUCCUUCUGAUUAUGGUGGAUUAGUUAUCUUUGGUUCUCAAGCAUUCAAAUUAACUAAAAAGUUCACCGAAAAAGACCUGGUGGUUUAUACCGAUAUUUCAGACAAUGAUAAUUCAUACUGGUUGAUCAAUGUGACUGAAAUCACGAGUCAUAAUGAUUCAGCAUCUGCGGAUAUUGCAUCUGAUCGCCAAGCUCUUAUAGACACCGGUACCACUGGUCUUGCAUUACCUAAAUCUGAUGCAGAUUCUUUACAUUCCAAACUAUUUGGCUCCAAUUUAGUAACUGAUAAUUCGGGAAAUUAUGCUUUCUUGUGUAAUGAUACAAAUUCUAAUAUUACUUUCACUAUUAAUGAUCACGACUUCAACUUAAGUCUGAGUGAUUUCAAAGGAAACGAGUAUUCUGGAAGUGGUUUGGAUGGUUAUUGUGCUUCUAAAAUUCAAGGUCUUGAUGAUAAUGAUUAUUGGAUUUUAGGUGCAGCAUUUUUAAGUAAAUUCUAUACCAUAUUUGACUUAUCCAAAAAGAAAAUUGGAUUUGCAGACAGCAGAAUAACAACUUAUGCCAUCAAAGAAACCCCCAAAGUGUUUUCAUCAGAAACUGUUUCAUCAUCAAGUUCGACUAGAUCGAAAAACGGGAGUCAUACAUCAACCCAGGCCAAGUCUAGUUCGAGUGCAACUUCUAAAAAUAAUUCAACUUCAUCAAGUAGUAAAGAUAGCGGUGCAAGGGAUAUACAAGCAGGACUUCAUAACUUAAUCCCAUUUCAAUGUUUAAUCAUGGUAUUAGCUAUCUCUAUUUUUAAUUAGUAUUUUCUCUUACAAUUUCU